AUGAAUGGGACUGUCGACUGCCUCGUUUAUGAAAAAAAUCCCGCCGAUCCCACCUGUAACCAUUCGUCGCAAAAUUCGAUCUUGGAAGCAAAUUCUGUUGCGGACAUCGAAUCAUCUUUGGCCUCUCUUCGACAACGUGAAUCGCGGAACCAGGGUCAUCUUGACGAGUAUGUGGCUUUGCAGAAAGCAUGGACACGCGACUUGGCACGACUAGAUCUUCUGCGUGGAGGCUUGGGAUCUCUUGCUGUGUCGACUAGGGUUAUCAACAGUGAUGUGCUAACGGAAGCUUCUGAGACAGCGGUCAGAAUUUCGAGCUCAGUAAAGCGCCUUGACGUGGAGCAAUUCAGGGUCAAGAGCACCCUUGACGUUGUGGAGCAGGUAGCAGAACUCAAAGCGUGCGUGCUUGGAGUGACAGGAUCAAUGGGUGCUCCGCAAGACUGGGAAACUGCAGCAGGAUAUCUGAGCAGGGCUUCCAAAAUACCGAAAGAGAUCACGACGGGGAGCUUUACCGAAGGAAUUGUGCCGACCGCGGAGGUACCAGAUCCGCCCAAAGUAACGCUUGAAAAUGCAGCAGAGGCGCUCUGUGACCUUUUUCUUCGCGAAUUCGAGAAGGCCGCCGCAGAAGGCAAUGGUGGCAAAGUCACCCGAUUUUUCAAGCUUUUUCCUCUCAUUGGUAAACCCGAGGUUGGUCUUGAUGUUUACGGCCGCUACGUCUGCCAAGGUGUUGCUUCGCGCGCGCGCGCAAACCUCAAUUCCCACAUCAACAGCGGCCUGCAGAAAGAAGGCAUGUUUUAUGCCAACGCGCUGACCAAGCUCUUCGAGCACAUUGCUCAAAUUGUUGAAAGUCACGGGGGCCUUGUGGAGCGGCACUACGGAUCGGGACGUAUGGUGAAAGUGAUAGAGCGGCUUCAGCUGGAAGCCGACGUGCAAGGUGGUAUAGUACUUGAUACCUGGAGUGAUGAACAUCACAUAGACCGCACUCUCACCGACAUACGAUCUUACGCAUUCACCUUCCUCGUGCAGAGUUUCUUGCAAGCCCCACCGCCUCGAGCCACUAUACCGAGGCCAGACUCGCCAGCCAAAAAAGGUAUCAUAGCAGAGGACCAUUUCAAAUCAGAUGAAAUGAUAGAUAUGAAAGAAGUCAAUAGUCUCAUGAGUGAGAUGGCGAUGAUGCUUAGCCGCUGGUCUCUGUACACUAAAUUCAUCGCAAAUAAAUGCAAUGUAGGUCUUCUCCCAGGCAUCAAUAGGAUCACUGACUUUUGGCAACAGCCAGAAAAUAGCGUCCAGAACUUGAAUUUGCCGUCAUUGCUAUCGAAAUCCGCCUUACAGAGGAAGGUGACCGAUAGACUAGUGGGACCUUUCAACGUGAUGUCAGCUUUCUUCUUCCGCAGAUCAGUUGAAAAGGCAUUCCAAAUGGACGAGCAACCCUUAGAUCUCACUCUAAACUUAACAAAAUCUAUCCCUUCACAUCCACCUUACAUCACUUCAGCUGUCGACGAUGUGAUGUAUAUCGUGAAUCAAGUGAUGGAAAAAACGCUUGCCACAUCACAGCUCUCUGUGAUUACCAACAUUGUACCUACAAUAGCUCGUAUACUAGGGUCUGAUUUUAUUGGUAUGAUACAAAGAAGGAUGAGGGAUGACUGCUAUCCAAAAGCAGCUGCUCAGGGCGAUUUGCCUCCCAAGCAGACAACAAUUGCUUUCUUAGUACUACUUAACAAUCUAGACGUGGCAGUUGAUUAUAACCGACGGAUUGUUGAAUCUCGAAGUGACAUGACAUUGGAAGCUGCGGAGCAACAUGGCAACGCUGGUACUCCAUCUGUAUCUUUACAUAUAUCAUUUCCUUUGGAUCAUGACGCUCUUACGGUAUCAGAGACCCUGAAAUCACUGAAGUCAAGUUUUGACGCCAAAGCAUUCGAGCUCAUUGGAGAUGGCAUAUACGUCGUUUUUAAAAACAUCAUGAAGCCUCGACUCCGACUGGUCUUGGCUGAAGCGUUUCGACACAUCGACUAUCAGAUGACGCAAGAGGAGCUCGACCAGGCACGAACCCCGGCAGAAGCCGAAACAAGGGAGGAUCAAGUCUCUGAGGGCGUGGUACAAGAGAAUUUUCGGCAAAGCUGGGAGGUUCUCACUAAGCCCAUCGCCCGAUUACUAACAGAGCGUAACUUUGCUAAGUUGAUCUCUCUGGUCGUAUCGUAUCUUGCUGAAGUCUUGGAAAAGAGGAUCUGGAGUUACUAUGGGCGACUUGACAAUCUAGGAGCUGUCAGGCUUGAAAGAGAUGUUGCUGGAAUAGCAAGCGUUGCAGUCAGGGGUGGUAGAUAUGGGCUUCGCGAAGCCUUCACACGUUGUACUCAGAUCUGCAUAGUGAUGAAUAUGGAAGACGACGAGUGGGAGGCCGUGAAAGAUACGCUAAGUAACACUCAAGACAGCGACAUUGAUUGGCAGCUUGACCAGGACACGCGUUUUCGGGCGCGAGCUGUAGUCAAAAACAGGGUCUGA